GCCAUUGUCCGUUCAUUUACGCCCCCUGUUGUGGGUCCGUGUCACUACACUUUCCCAACAAAAACCAAAUCAAUAAUAAUAAUAAAUUGAUAUUCUGUUGGUGUGAAAACAAGUGGAACAAGAAUUUUCAGGAUGUUUGGGUCAAUGUGGCUCUAAAGAGAAUUUGGGGUCAUAAAGUCAAAGGUUAUGGAUAUUCAAGAUUUUUUUUUUUUUUUUGAUGGUUUUUUUAAACCAGAAAUUGUUUCAUAUGUUAGCAAAACUGACUCCAAAAAUUCUAUCAACUUUGUACUGAGAAGGUCAAAUGUCAAGGUCACUGAAAAUAAUUGAGCUUUCCCUUAAAACUUGUACACUGCAAGUAGUUGUCAUCCUAUUGGGCCAGUGAGGUACAGAUUCUGACAUUGUAUUUAUUUUGUACAUUGGCAUGGUUGUUGGUGGUGGAUGUUUUCACUCUGAGUUCUUUUCUAGUUUAUUUAAAAGCUUCUCUCGCCUGUUGUGCAGAAACCUGAAGUCGACGUUGUGCCAUGUGGACCCAGAACAAACAGACACCACCUGCUGACUGUAGUCACGCUGUCGCCGUCAUCUUCUUUGUGCUUGGCCUGGGAACCCUGCUGCCCUGGAACUUCUUCAUAACGGCCUCUCAGUAUUUCAACGGGCGGCUCGCGGUGCAGAACGUUACAGCUAACUGCACCGCCACUAAAGACUACGACUACGACAGCUGGAUGGCCUUACUGUCCCAGCUGCCCCUGCUGCGCUUCACGUUGCACAACUCCUUCCUGUAUCAGUGGGUGAGAGAGCGCCUCCGUGUGGCCUUCAGUCUCAUUGCCAUCUUCAUCCUCUUCUCCCUCACUGCCGCUCUGGUCCGGGUUCCCUUGCAUCCGGACAUCUUUUUCUCUGUCACUAUGGCAACUGUCUGGUUCAUCAACACGUUCAGCGCCGUGCUGCAGGGCAGUCUGUUUGGCGUGGUCAGUCUGCUUCCUCCUCGCUACAGCACGCUCUACAUGAGCGGUCAGGGGCUGGCGGGGAUCUUCGCCGCGCUCGCCAUGCUCUUCUCCAUCCUGACAAAUGCAGACGCCACUUCAGCAGCGUUGGGAUACUUCAUCACACCGUGUGUGGCCACGCUGGGAACUUUGCUGUGUUACCUGCUACUGCCACACCUGCCAUUUGCUCGUUUUUAUCUGGACAGACGUCGGUCUGAUGAUGUGGAGACGGCGCAGGAGCUGAUCAGUGCUGCAGAUAAAAAGGCUUUGAAUGACAAAGAGCUGGAAGCUAACGGGGAAAUUCCUCAACCACAGCAGAGUCGAGGACGCGCGUCUGUCCUGCACGUCUUCAAAAAGAUCUGGCUGAUGGCGGCCUGUGUGUUCGCUGUCACGCUGUCUGUGUUUCCUGUGGUCACAGUCCGAGUGGAGACCAUCUACAAGGACGUCGCUGUCUGGGACAAAAUCUUCAUUUGCAUUUGUUGCUUCGUUGUUUUUAAUGUCAUGGAUCUGAUUGGCCGCAGCGUCCCAUCGCUCAUCCAGUGGGUGAGUCAAGAAAAUUCAGUGUUUCCUGUUGCCGUGGCGACCCGUCUGAUCUUCAUCCCCAUCAUGAUGUGUAACAUCCAGAACACGCGGCUCCCUGUCCUCUUCGCUCACGAUGCCGGCUUCGUGGUCAUCAUGGCGCUGUUCGCCUUUUCUAACGGAUACCUGGCGAGCCUCUGCAUGUCAUACGCACCACAGUUUGUUCGGAGUAAAGACGCUGAAACGGCCGGUUCUCUGAUGACCUUCUUCCUGGUUCUGGGUUUGGCACUGGGAGCGUCGCUCUCCUUCCUGUUGGGAAAACUGGUGUAGACGGCCGGGAGCCUGCAGAUGCCGCCGAAGCACCGACAAUCUGAUCAGCAACCGACAUAUUAAACUUUAGGGCCCAUUUAAAAAAAAAAAAAAAAAAAAAAAAAAAAAAAAAAAAAAAAA